UUUGUAUUUAUUUCUACAAUCUGUCAAGACAGUGUCAUUAAUUAAUAUCAAGCUCUGGUCUGCUAUAUAGUUUCUUGGAGACUGGCCUCUUCAUUGGAGCUAUAAUAUUGACUAACUGGGUGGAGGUGCUAUAUUGACCGUGACUGGAGUGACUGAACUUGUAUCAGUUAUCAACCAAUUAAGGAUUAAAUGAUCAAUUAGAUCAUACUAUGGGUCAAACACAGUCUCUUCGUAACACUGGGUUUGUAACUAGUCUCAAAGAAAAGUACAUUCAGAGAGAGUUUGGAGAAGAUGAAGAAUGGCCACCAUCAGAUAGAAGAGACAAACAAAGAAGACUUAUCAAAUUGCAAUUAGUCGAGACUGAUCAGAUAGAGGGGUUUGGCCACAAGGGUCGUUCAAGUGGCAUCGAGACUGAUCAGAUAGAGGGGUUUGGCCACAAGGGUCGUUCAAGUGGCAUCGAGACUGAUCAGAUAGAGGGGUUUGGCCACAAGGGUCGUUCGAGUGGCAAUGGCAAGCAACCUAAAGAUGACAAAGAAACACGCAAAUCAAUACUCCACACUGACCUGUUCAAGACUAGCAGGGACAACAAACCAGUCAGGAAGAUUGUUGUGAAAGGCAAUGCUGGGAUUGGUAAAACCACACUGUGUACCAUGCUGACUGAGGAGUGGGCAAAAGGCAAGAUCCUGAAACAAUUUGACUGUGUUCUGUUGCUACCACUGAGAAAUAGCGACGUGUCAUCGGCCACAAGCCUCCCUGAGCUGAUUAAACUUUUCCAUCUGAGUGAGAAGGUCCGCAAACCUCCAACAAAAAGGAUGGAGGAUAGAGAAGGAGAAGGCGUCCUCAUUAUAGCUGAUGGCUGGGACGAACUCAGUGAGGGUGCUCGAGCUAAGGACUCGUUUCUCUACAAACUUCUUCUUGGUUAUGGUUGUUCUAAAGCCUCUGUUCUCCUCACAUCCAGACAUUCUGCAGCAGCACCUUUUCACAAACUGUCUUCAGUGGACACUUUCAUCGAGGUGGUGGGUUUUGAUGAAGAAGAUAUCAAACAGUACAUAGUUGAGGAAUUCAAGCAAGAUCCAGAGAAAGCUUCUUCUUUUAUGGAGCAGCUUAAAAGCAAUCCACUCAUUCAGAGUUUGUGCUCUGUGCCACUUAAUUGUGCGAUUGUUUGUGACCUGUGGUGCGAUUUACAGCAAACACUUCCAAGCACAAUCACGAAACUAUAUGCUAGGAUAACAUUGUCUGUUGUGCUUCGUGACAUCAAGAAGAAAUGUCCACAACUCUGUGUAAACUCGCUUGACAUUCCCAAGGAACUUCAAAACGAUUUCUGGCUGGUUUGAAAAUUUGCUUUUGAA